UCUCAAUGGAGCCCAGGAUUCCCCACAACAUCACCGUGGUCCCCAACGCCGUGAUGGUGCAGCCCUUGCUGGACAGUCGGAUCCCCUACGGGCGGCUGCAGCACCCGCUCACCAUCCUGCCCAUCGACCAAAUGAAGACAACUCACAUCGAGAACGACUACACCGACAACCCCACAGCCUCCCAGCUGGCGGCCCAGAAACGGCCCCGAGCCCCCCACGAACUGGUCCUGAGCAACCAGCACCUGCAGCGCUGCGAGCAGGAUGUCACCCACCCCUGGAUUUCCUUCAGCGGGCGCCCCAGCUCCAUCAGCAGCAGCAGCAGCACAUCCUCAGACCAAAGACUCCUGGACCACAUGGCCCCAGUGCCCGUGGCAGAGCAGUCCUCGCCCCGAGCGGUUCGCAUCCAGCCCAAGGUGAUUAACUGCAAACCCCUGGACCUGAAGGGACCCGUGUCUCAGGAGCUGGACAAGCACUUUCUGCUAUGUGAAGCCUGUGGGAAAUGCAAGUGCAAGGAGUGUGCGCUGCCCCGGACUCUGCCCUCGUGCUGGGUGUGCAACCAAGAGUGUCUCUGCUCGGCACAGAACCUGGUCAACUACUCCACCUGCAUGUGUCUCGUCAAGGGCGUCUUCUACCACUGCACCAACGAGGACGACGAGGGCACGUGCGCCGACCACCCCUGCUCCUGCUCCCACUCCAACUGCUGCGCCCGCUGGUCCUUCAUGAGUGCCCUGUCCCUGGUGCUCCCCUGCCUGCUCUGCUACCUGCCAGCCACCGGCUGCGUCAAGCUGUCCCAGAGAUGCUACGACCACGUGAGCCGGCCUGGAUGCAGAUGCAAAAACACAAACAGUGUCAUUUGCAAGGCAUUGCCCGAGAGCAAAGGGCCAGAGAAGCCCUUUUGAUGGUUUGGGGGGGACGGGGAGCGGGAGGAGGCUCCGCGGGGCAGGGUGGUGCUGGCUCUUUCUAAUAACCUGUGUUCUG